CAGGCCAUUCUGUCCCACCGGUCUAGCAAACCCGACGGUCUAGUAGGAAAAAUACGCUGCAGAGCGGGCGUGCUACCAACUUAUUUUGCUGGUAGUGUCACAAGGAACAUGGCUGCUAAAGUGGAGGACCAGCUACCAGAUGGCAUUACUGCAUUGGACAACCAAGGUGGUGGCCACAUGUUCAAUGCCAAGAAGGGCAUGGUUGGGAUAAUGCUGGACAGCGACGGGCGUCUGCUGAAGCCGGUGUGUCCGGACGCCAGCGUGCAGGAGGAGGACGACGAGGUGCGCUUCUACGAGAAGAUCGCGAACAGCGCAGACCCCGUGGACAGGGAGCUGGCCGGCCUGGCGCCCAAGUACUUCGGCACACGAACCGUCACGGUCGGCGAGCGGGAGGUACUCUGCAUGAAGGUGGAGAACUUCACGCGCGGCUUCCGGCACGCCUGCGUGCUCGACAUCAAGGUGGGCCGCGUCACCUCGAUCCCGACGGCGCCCGAGCACAAGCGGAAACACGAGGCGUCCAAGUACACGGGCACCCGCCACACGGUCGGCUUCAGCGUGCCCGGCAUGACCGUCUUCGACGUGAGCCGAGGAGCCGUCACCCAGCACGGCAAGGAGUUCGGCAAGGGUCUCAAUGGCGACACGGUGGCCGACGCGUUCCGCGCGUUCCUGAACGCGCCAUGCGGGGCGCGCGUGCGGCCGAUCUGCGACAGCCUGAUCACACAGCUGGAGAGCAUCCACAGCUGGUUCAGCCGGCAGCGCAAGUACCAGUUCUUCGCCUCGUCCAUCCUGCUGACUUACGACGCGGCCGGUCUGCUGCCCGGCUGUGGCAGCCCGGUGCUGGCCGCCGCGCGGCCGGCGGCGCGGAUGAUCGACUUCGCGCACGCGUGGCCGGCCGCCGGCGCCGCCGACGCCAACUACCUGGAGGGGCUGCAGCACGUGCUGCGGCUGGUGCGGCUCGUCAGGGAGACGCUGCCCCCCGCCUAGGGCGCUGGCGCUAGGCGGGGGAGUCCGCCCAGGUGGUGUGUCGCCGGCCUCGCUGUCUGCCGUCGAUUGAGGUCUUCUCCUGUUGGAUGAUCCUCUGUCAUUAGCCUCGGUCCUCCGCCGUCGGCUCGUGUCAUUUGCCGUCGGCUUGGGUCCUCCGCCGUCGGCGUGGGUCCUCAUCUUAAGCCUUCGCCUCUCUUCCUCUGGUGGCUGCUCCUCUGUCGCUGGCUUUCUCGGCCGUCCUUUCGACACUCGUGGCCGCGGGUACACACGCCGUGUGUGCGCACGGGAUCACGCUGCGGAUCAAAGACUCCAUCCUUCCUGCGGCCGAAUCUGUGUGUCUCCGAUGUUAUGUCUCUGACCCUCGCCGACCGUACGCCGUUCGCGUAGGCGGCGGUCGCGGUCAAAUGUUGGGUUGUGUGAUCAAUAGGCUCGAUGAUUUAGCCGGCUAAUGCGCCGUCAAAGACUGGCGAAUGCUCAGUUCGCUUCCCAAUAGCUAGCUGAACGACCUCCCGAGAAAAUGAACUGUUGGUCGCGUGCGCGCGAAUUGGCGGCGAGCUAACGCCGGGCCUCGACCGCUGGCGGCGAGACGUCGCUGCUGGCACGAAGCCAAGCACCGCUGCCGCCUGCUCUUGCCCCCGGUCUCAGGGUCGCGUACCGGCACAUGAAUCAAGGCGUAGCCGCUUCUCAGAUGCUUGAUCGAUGCUUCGUUGGGGGAGGUAUGGAGGUGAGGUGUUCGGGGUCGGACCUCACGCUGCUGCGGCGCCCGGCCGGAGCCGUGACACGCUCUCCGAGGUCGCCUCCCCGCGACGCACGGCCGCCCCGCCACGAAAGGCUACGAGCGGGUCACGAGGUGCUUGCUUGCCCCGUGACGUCACGAGCGUGAGUCCGUGGCGCCAGCCGGCUAAGCGUCUGCCGCGUCACGACGGGGUGUCGUGGGCGGUGUGGCCGCGCCCGCCUGGUGCGGACGGCGCGCCCGGCACGUGGAGGUCCGAUCCUGACGCUGCCGUUGUCGACGUUCGGGAUAGGCUGAAAACCACUGCCCAGCCAGAGGUCUGUGUGGCGAAGUCUUUGCGUCCAAAAUUACUUAGAUUUAUCUGCGUGUCACCUUCCACGUCAAUCUGGACCAGCCAUGUCGCCCCGUCUGGACCAGCCAUGUCGUGACUCCACCGACAAGCAGACUCGCCGAGCUGUCUUUGCUGCAGGUAGCGGUCUGCACGCCAUGUGGCGUGGUAAUUCCGGUUGGCCCGCGUCUCCGUCACGUGCCACGUGACGUGCCAGAACGUGCCAUGGUCGCCGGGACAUGCCGAGGGCGGGGCAUUGUCGGAUUGACGCCGCCCCUGUCGGUCGCCGCUGGCCGCUGGCCGCUGGACGGAGCGACGCAGUCGUGAUACUUCGACAGCUUUGUGAUGUCGGCAUGUGAUUACCCCGAAUGCGCAGAUUCUUGCGGGCGACUGAUUUAAAUUCGUAUCGCGCCGCGUUGAGCUUAGUCCCGUGCCAAAUGCGCUAACCGGUUCGUCGCGGAGGGUCUGUUAGGGCGGGUGGUACCACGCUGGGUCUGUUACGGCGGGUGGUACCACGCUGGGUCUGUGAGGACAGGCGGUGCCUCGCUUCGCUGUGUAGCCGCCACAGGACAGCUGCAAUGCCGUUUGCGGACGAACCGAUCCAAGGAUGCAAACGUGCUGCAUAUGUCCGCUUCCAUGUCGGACGGCCGGGACGGCAGCUGAGAAGAAGCCUGGCAAGCUUGUUAACGUCGGUUGUGGCGAUUCCUCCUCUUGCCUCGCUCUGAAGCCGUCCCUGAGUCACUGAUCAUCAAGAAGUUUGUGGAAAAAACGUCGCACAAAUCAGUCGAGUCAUCGACCGACACCGUAGGGCAAUGAAACCCACACUAGAGUGGAUCACAAACUGCGUAUCCAUUUCCGUCACGUACUUUAGUCGACCUGAGUACAGUUUGCGCUGUAAGUGCGCCGCCCGCGUCGGACUAGCAGCCGGCGGACCGCGCCGGGCGUGUCGACGGCGUCCGCGUCUGCCCUGAAUGACGGCCCGGCCGUGUUCGGUCAUCACACGGAGACCCCAGCCGGUGGCGCGUCUCGGCUCGCUCUGGCUGGAGCGCUCUGGGACAACGCCAUCGCUGUGGAUACGAGCGCUCGGAGCCGCCGCCAUCGCUGGAGGCAGUCUGUCGUGCAGCUGCACCAACUCCCCGGCUCCCCUGGGCGGUGCAGGGCUUCUCCCGACUCCCCGAGGCAGUGCGGCGGCUCCCCGCCUCCCCGGGCAGUGAAGGGAGUCCCCCGAUUCCCCUGGGCAGUGCAGGGGUUCCCCCUGCUUCCGCCGGCAUGCGCCUGCCUUAUGUCUGCCAUGAGGUCAGUGGCUAGGUCUGGUUGCGAGCUGCCGCAAUGGAACCGGUGUCAAGACUAUAGCUGCCUAGUUUGUAACUUGUCUGUAGUUAGGCUUUGCUGUGUUGAGUUAGUAGUUGCCACUCUGAUAAUGGGCAUAUUUGUAUGUGGAGCACGCCGCACCGUGCUGUGAGGUGUCACUAGUUAAGAGCUCGCGCACCAGGUGUUGGGUGGCAGCCGCCCGCCGUCUUCGUGCUAUUCAUAAUCGCAUGCUUUCGGUGCGCGCCUCGGACUUGAACAAUUGUAAUCACAACGAUUCGCGUAGUUACCACCAGCCGCCUUGAGCUCACGAGAAAUCGGAAGUAAUCGAUACCCAGUCGAGAACUGGAAAUCGGCAAUGGCGAAUCACGAGUGAACAAUAUACAGGGCGUGAUCGAGACAGAAUGAUGCCACAGUGGUUGGCGGAGCAUCCCCGACGAGGCAUCCCCGACGGGGCAUCCCUGACGGGGCAUCCCCAGCGAGGUAUCCCCAGCGAGGUAUCCCCGGCUGGCACUGCCGCACCGGGCCAGCGCCCUCAGUCUGUCCAGCAGCGCUCCUCUGUCCGCUGGCCUGUGUUCGCGCCCCAUUGACUGCGUCUUACGCGAGUGCCUAAGGCCUUGGUCGCCGACACGCCCGCAAGAGAUGACGUGUCCCAUCGGCGCCGAUUCUCUUCGGCUGUGACGCUCUGUCUCUUGCGACGUCCGGCGGGCAUUCGAGGCAUUGUGGGAGAAGGUGACAACGUCGACCAAUGGAGUAGAAGCCAUCGUUGUAAAAGUACAAUAGUGUGAUAGCACGUGUUUGGGGAUCUAAGCUGACUCCCUGACACAGACUUCCGUGGAAGGCACGGUGCCAACACAGCCGCGGCGAUCAGGCUGUCCAUGUGUGACCUCUGCACUACGUUGAGGUCCCUGGCCGCUUGCACAGCGGCGUACUGCGUGAAGUGUUCGAAAGCAUUCCCAAUAGAAAAACGUCGAAAAUUCCGCUCGGGGAUUGCUGUCCAAAUUCCGGGGGUGGUUGUUCCACUGCACUGACAACAAGGCCAUGUCCUGAAGUUUUUGGGGAGCGAUCGUUGAAGCCGUGGCCCGAGUUCACAAGCUGAUGCCUAUAGAGCCCGUCCCAUCUACCGAGUAGUCCUGCCGAAGUCACCCGAGACAUUUGUUCCCCAUGGUAGCGCAACAUUCCCCAUUGACCUGGACGGAGGCUGGUACCGGGCCAGACCUCGGCCUUGUCUCCGCCAGGGCUGGGUCCGCGUUGAUCUGUGUCAGUCGGCUCCAGUUCCAGCUCCAGCUCCAGCCCCAGCCCCAGCCCCAGCCCAGCUUCAGUUCCAGCUCCAGCUUCAGCUCCAGCACCAGCUCCAGCUCCAGCUCCAGCUGAUGUUGUAGGCGUCACGCCGACGCUCUGGCCGUCUUUGGGCGGACGUGCGGCAUGUGUAUGGGGCCAGCGGGCGGGCGGCCAGCGGGAGGGACCCUUGCUGUGACGUCAGAGGUACGCCGGGGUGUGCUCUAUCCAGAUCAGUGCGAAAAAUUCCGUGGCGGUACAUCGAGGAGAUCUGUCGGUGCCGCCCGAUUUGAAUGGGCGUUUUUGCUAUAAAAAAUUGGGCUGGUCUUCGCUGUGCUUGAAGCUCAAAUUCAGUGUGGCUUGGCCAAACCGUCAACGAUUUUCUCCUAAAAAUGAAUGCCGGCAUUUGAUAUUGGCCGCGAUAGUUGCUACAAGAAAGAAGCAACUAUAUAUAUAUAUAUAUAUAUAUAUAUAUAUAUAUAUAUAUAUAUAUAUAAGGUUCUGUGCAACCAGCUGAAAGUGGAGAAACAUGCGUCCUUAAAAUGAAAUGCUUGGAACUGCUUGGCAUCCUAAAUGCUAGUGCGUGUCCGGAAAUGUUUCAAAAUGUGCAGUAAGCCGUGGUGAAAGUGGCCGGCGCAUGACGCGUUCUGGCGCAAUGUGGCGCCCGCUGCCAGACAAAGUCGCUGUGAGGGCAAAGGCUGGAAAUCAGCGUGUUGGUUUGACGCUAUCGCCUCGGGUUUGACUGCUGAUGUGCCAUACCUCGAUUUGCAAAGCAAGAUGCAUAAAUACACGCGUCA